UCACUUCACUCAAUCGGUUCAGACGUUCAGUCAAGCUUAAAUAUCUGUGGUUAGUUAUUGUGACUUAGUGACCGCGUGAUCGUAGCUGUCGUGAUUUUUAGUUCUGUGUCCCUAAAACGUUUUCGUAAAGAAUUUUGAGUGAAAAUGGGCGAUAUUCAAGCCGGUCAGAACUUUAACGUGUUCCUCUUGGCGGGAACAACAAUUUUUAUUUGUGUAAUAUUACAUUUUGUAUAUAAGACCGUUUUUAAAAGUAAGAAAAAGGAAGCAUUAAAACAUGAGAUUGAGAGCGAUACAGGUGCUCCAGUAGAAGAAGUAAAUUCUGAGACGACCGCAACCGAAACGAGAGUUAGUGGGAAAACAAAGAAACGCACGACAUGGAAAGGGAAAUCGGAAUUCAGCCACCCUUGGCUGCUCAAGAAUCUCAAAGGACACCCGGGCACUGUCCUUCUGGUGGACUUCUCUGCUAACGGCAAGUUCAUGGCCGCUACCUGUGAUGAUGGCUCCGUGAUCCUCUGGGACGUUCGGGAUCUAAAUCAAAAGGAGCACAAAACGUUGCGUGUGAACAUCGAAUUCGACCACGCAUCGCACGUCGCCUGGAGUCCAGACUCAAAGGCAUUUAUCGUUCACACCGUGCGCGAGAAUAACAUCGUAGUCUACAAGAUAGAGAAGAAAAAGGACGGCACCAUAGGGUCGGCUGCACCUGUCAUCACUUUCGAUAAGGUCCACGAUGAUGAUGUGGUCGGCUUCGACAUAUCCAGCAACGGCAAGUUCAUAAUGUCAUGUUCAUCUAAGAACGACAUGGUGAUAUGGGACCUGAAGGGGCAACAACUGAGCAGGCUCGACACAUACCUGAUGACGACACACACGGCCAAAGUGUCACCGUGCGGCCGCUUUGUAGUGGCGACAGGCUUCGCGCCCGACGUCAAAGUGAUGGAGGUGGGCUUCACAAAGAACGGCGAGUUUAAACAAGUGACAAAAGCAUACGAGCUAACGGGACACUCUUCAGGCGUGUACGACGUAGCCUUCGACGUGGACACGUCACACGUCGCCACCAUAUCGAAGGACGGCACGUGGAAGCUAUAUCAUACAAAGAUUGAUUACACCCGCGGCGAGUCCCCUCAUGUCCUGGAGACCGGUACCUACGGGCAGACGGCUCACGCUCCACGCAUCGCGUUGUCGCCAAAUGCUGAAGUGCUGGCCGUGUCUGUGGGACCCUCUGUCGAAUUCUACGAUACCUAUACAGGGAAACUUUACGAUACCGUCGAAAAUAUAUAUUCAGGAAUAAUAAACUACAUGAAAUUCGACGCAAGCGGAAAAUACUUGUUUGUUUGCGGUGAUCGAGCUGUCCGAGUCCUGCAUAAUGUGUGCGGUUACUACACCACUAUAGCCAGCUGCACCAGACUGCUGGGCUCCAAGCAAACCUCGGCGACAGUCGAGCGGCAAAAGAAAACUAUCGAAGAGUGCAAAGAGGCACUCGCAAAGUUCGGCAAAUAGCGCCAUCUAUGUUUCUCGUACGUUACUAUAUUUUCUCAGAACUGCAUUUAAACGAUCGUAUAUUUUUAUAAUAAACACAUUUACGUAAUUGUCAGUGUUGCCAGAUUAUACAACAAUGGAGGUUAGUUGCUCAAUAUAUUAUGUUUCUAAGAUUACAAAAUGUACAAAUGAAAAGAACCAAUUUCAAGUUUUACUAAAUUGUAGUUUUAGCUGCACUUUUGAUGCAGCAAAUAAUAAUAUGAUAAGAAUUUAGAUCAUAUAAGUUUGGCAACUUUGACGAUAUUAUUUUUAUGAAUAUUUGUUAGUAUCUUGUAUUUAUUUGGUCACAAAUGAAGUUAAUUAAUAUUAUGUUAAAAGUACCAAAAGUAUUUUAAUUCCUAAAGACGUACGCAUUGUUAAAAAACUGAAAACCUUCUCGCAUUUAGUGAUGGAACUAAUGACAGGCGACUGCGUGACAUUUGCUCUCUCUAGCGCUCUGCUGUCGCAUAAUGCUGUCUCAUUCUUACUAACAAUUGUAUUGCAUGACUGAAGAAGUAAUGUCUGUUGCAUGAAACUUGAAUUACAGCAGUCGUAAUUUGCAUGUCAAUUAUAUUACUGCCAUUGUAAGACUACAUAAUAUGAUAAAUAUUACAUCAUGUGAACAUAAUAUUCGCCAUAACUCUGAUAAAAUAUACUAAUGUUUCUCCCUACAAGAUAUGGUUCCUAACCUUGUGCUAUUUAAAUCCAGACUUCGUCCUUGCACUAUUCCUCAACAUGAGUUGGUUUAUAAAAUUUGUGUUUUUAAUAUUCUGAUAAAGUUUCGUUGUGUGUCGAUGCUUCAGGAAUUAUCAACAAAUAAUUGUUUUAGAAAUUUAAAAUUGUUUGCAACGUUUCUAGCUUAUAGGUCAAAUCUUGACACCAAAUAAAUUGUAAGUUUUAUGUCUCAAAUCUAUGUUCACAAUUAAGUUACUUAAUUCCUGUUAAUACCGUCAAAAUUUUAUUACAGCUAAUUGGUUAAUAAAGCAAUAUUAUUAUAAGAUAUAUGUCCUUAGUUUUGGCAUUCUAGCAUUAUUUAACAUUAAAAUAUCGCGUUAAGGGUCAUGUGUAAAGUGCGACAUGUGGUAACUCCUGAAGUGUUAAUAAUUCAAAGUAGACCCAGGGUCGGUCUUCACAAUCGCCACGUCAUAGUUCAGUGUCUUUACGUAAAUAGCGUUGGAAAUAUAUAUUGUUAUUGAUCGCGGCCAAUGUGUGACGUGGCCCAUGCAUGCGAGUCGAUAUUACAAUUAAGUCAAGGAACUGAGUAAGGUUAUUUUGUAUAAAUAUAUGUUGCACACAUUUUUCGUGCAAUUCUUUAAUAUUUUCUCUCAGUAAUCUCUGAUACUGUAUGUAGUUACGUACUGAUUUGUCAAUAAAAUUAUAUGUUUUUAACUUA